AUGGCUGGUGGAAACAUGACCCUGGACUCUGUUGCAGUUCCAUCAAACCAGAGCAGCUGUGAUGUGUUUGUGUACCAAAGAGCCGCAGUGGUCCUUUUCCCCAUUUUCUACUCUGUGGUAUUCAUCAUCAGCACAUGCGGCAACAGUUUGGUUCUCCGUGUCAUCUGCCAGAGAAAACAGAAGUUCAACUCCACCUCCAUUUAUCUGGUCAACCUUGCUUUAUCUGAUGCUCUGUUCACAGUGGCACUUCCUGGGAGAAUUACCUACUACAUCCGUCACUUUGACUGGCCUUUUGGUGACCUUCUCUGCAAAGUGACCACACUUCUUUUCUUUACAAACACAUAUGCAGGUAUCGGCUUCAUGACCUGCAUCAGCUUGGACAGAUACCUGGCCAUGGUGCAUCCACACCGGCUGCAGUGUUUAAGGAGUGUAAAGGUUGUUCGAAGGGUGUGCUGCCUGGUCUGGGCUCUAGUGUUUCUGGAGGUAGCGCCUCUGCUGUUCCGCAGCAUGCUGCAUGAGCAUCAGGGAAGACGAACCUGCAUGGAGUACUUCAACUUCGAGGGCUCCCGCUUCACUCCGUAUCUCCUGAUUCUGGCCUGCGUCGUGUCCUUCUGCUGCCCGCUUACCAUUAUCAUGUGCUGCUAUGCCAAGAUCAACAUUAAACUGCGAGAUGCAGCUAAAAAGAACUCUGUAACUGGUCGCUCAAGGAGGAAUCACAGGGCCAACACUAUUAUUCUGCUCAUCCUCCUCACCUUCAUCGUAUGUUUUAGCCCUUAUCACAUCAAUGUCAUCCAGUUUAUGGCCAGAAAAAUACACCACCAGCCAACCUGUGAAGAACUGAGAGCCUUUAAGGUGUCCUUACAGAUUACCGUUUCGUUAAUGAACUUCAACUGCUGCUUGGAUCCAGUCAUCUACUUUUUUGCCAUUAAGACAUACAAGAAGAGGGUGAUGAGCCUGUUUAAAGACUAUCUCUAUACUUCCGGCGCCUCCUCCAAAAUGACAGCUGAGAACAGCAGCAGCAACACCUGA